AUCCCGUGUCCCUCCGUCCCGUCCAGUUCCAGGGUGUCUGAGACCUGACCUGACAUUUUGAAAAAAGAAGAUACUUAGAUAUAUAUUCAUUUUGAAGUUUGCAACACCGCGCCGCUCAAUGACUUAUUACUACUAUUGUCCUGUAAGAAUGAAUGAUGAAUGACGAAACAAGAAGACGACGGUUCAUUUAUUUAGUAGGUUAUCGGCAACGUGACCGUGAGCAUGAAGUAGAUCCUCGAAUGACUCAAAGUAUGAUAUCAGAACGGAUACAACGAUCACAAUCUCCUGUUGAUGUUAGUUUGGCGUUAAGUGAAGACUCAACGAUAACCAUUACCGAACUCAAUAAUAGAAAUGGUUCAACAUUCAAUGCCAAUUCAAUCAACGCGACUCCUGUAAUGAGGCGGCGUAGGAGUCAGAUGAGUGGAGUACGACAGAGAAAUUAUCGAAUAUUAGAUCAAAAUGAAUCAAAGUACAUACUACAACAACAAAGCGCAGCUGCUAUUGAGGAGAAGAAAGGAACGUUACUAAGACGGAAAAGCAGCAAAAAAUUAAUUGAACCUUUGCCAAUGAUCAUCACUCCUCCGGUGCUGAUGGCUCGAACGCAAUGCUGUGCGGUUUGCUACAAAGAAAAGAGCACCGGCUACUCAGUUUCAAGUCGAACGCAAUCGUAUCCACUCGAAGCCAUGUCUUCGGUAACAACCGAUCGAUCCACGGAAGAGGAGACGGCUCGUUUGUCAUUUGUCUCCUCUUCUACUGGAUACAGUAGUGCUAGAUCUUCACUUAGAAGCUCUGACGGUGGAGAUGAAUCUAACAACAAUUCUGCUGGUAACCGUGACAGCGCUAUAUCAAACACAUUUUCCUUAUCUUCCCAAUCGUCUGCCCGAAGGUCAGCUCUUCUCACAAAAGGAUCCCUCACACAUCUGGAUCGGAUUGCAAUUGAACUUUUGGACACUGAACGGACGUAUGUGGAAGAUCUAAAUGCAGUUAUCAAAGGGUACAUGGACUUUUUGGUUGAAGAUCGAGAAAAACUCAAAGUCACACUUGAUGCAAUAUCGUCCCUUUUUGGUUGCAUUGAAAGGAUUUUCGCGUUUAACAAACAGCUGUACAAUCAAUUGGAUGCUGCAGAUUUGGAUUGUGUGAAAAUGAGCAGAUGCUUCGUGGAAAGCUCUGGAAAAUUUGAAGAUUACAUUGAAUACUGCACAAAUUACCAUCGAAUGAUGUCUACCCUCUAUCAUUUACAGCAGCAACCUCUUGUGGCAAGAGCUUUACAGGAACGGCAACUGGCUUUAAAUCAUUCUCUGCAAUUGUCAGCGUACCUGCUGAAACCAGUUCAACGAAUUCUUAAAUAUCAUUUAUUUUUGGAGAAUAUUUUGAAGAAUAUGCCAUCUACAACACACCCAGAAGAAUUGAUUCAAGUGAAAAGAGCGCAUGAAGUGAUGACGUCACAAGCAGCACGAAUUAAUGAUGAAAAAAAGAAAGCAGAGCACAUUGAAAGGGUUGGACAGUUACAGUCUACUCUACAAAAGUGGAAAGCUGAUGAGAUUCAAAUCAGCAAUUUGUCUGCAUAUGGCGAUCUACUGUUGGAAGCAACUUUCCGUCAAGCAGGUUCCAAGACAACACGCCUAUUGUUCCUGUUUGAGGAAAUGUUGUUAAUUGUAAAGCAACGUGGGGCGAACUAUGUUUGCAAGGACUAUAUUAUGUGUUCGAAUUUAAUGUUGAAUGAAUGGAUUUGCCCAGAAGAACCACUAAGUUUCCAAGUCUUAUCAUUUGACAAUCCACGUGCCCAAUAUGUUUUCAUGGCGUCUUCAAUGGAGCAGAAAAGAACUUGGAUGCAAGAAUUGAAACGAAUGAUGUUAGAUCAUUAUUCCGUAGAGAUUCCUGAGAAAACGAAGCAAUUGAUGUUAAGUAUAGAUAACACAAGAAUUGUUCCAUUUGGAAGACCAGAAUUCGCUGAGGUAUCGAUGAAGAAUCACAAAAAAGUUCCAAAAUAUCUGGAAAAACGAAGAAAGUCUGUUGAUGCAAAAGAAGAGAGCAAUAGAAGAAGAAGUUUAUCAGCAUCCAGGUUACUUGGAGGCAGCAAAACUUCAAUUUCGGAGCCAAUUAAAGAAGAACAAAAGUGCACGUGUCACAUGAAUGGAGGCAUUUAUAAUGGAGCAAAUCCGACAACAUCAAAAUCAAUUAUAUCACAUCCAUCUCUAACCUAUCAACAAUCUCAUCCAACCCAAUCAACUGAUCCUAACUACUGCCGACCUCCAGUAUGUCGAACGCAAUCAGCUGCAACUAUUGAUCUCAAUCAGGUUCAUAUCACUGAACCGAACUCUGCAGCAGUAAUGUCUUCGAGGAGCAGGUACCAACAGGCAAGAAAUCGUCGACUACCGCCUCGUCAUAAUCAGGAGUCACGAUCCACAUCCAGUCGUCGCAUGGGGGAAGAAGAAAUUGAUCGGACAUUUGAUCAGUUAUACGAAGAGUUAGUGUCGUUUGGGGAUUCUACAAAGCCAACAGUUACGUCGAACCGCAGCCAACGCCUUAGAUCGGAGGCACCGCAGAGUACUGUAACUACCAUAACUGUAGCUGCAACACCUGCAACUGCAACUCUGUCAAUAGCCGAAUGUGCAAAUACACGUUUACGAUCGAAAUCUUUGACUCGACUUGAUGAAUAUGAGGCUGAACCUAUUUCUUUGAAACCAAGCAUUGAAAGACGAUAUUCAAAAGUAGACCAACUGAAAAAGCGAUCAAGAAAAUAUCAAGUGAAUCAGGAACCAGAAGCUGCUGAUGUAUUGCGUCCCAGUGUUGGUAGAUUCUCUCUAACUGAUCAUGAGAUUAUAAUUCACGGAGAGGAACCGUACAAGCGAAGUUCCGGACGACAACGUACCCCAUUAACCGCUCAACAAACCGCUGAGCUUGACGAUUACUUUCCAUCAUCGAAUUCAAUGAAUUCAGCUCCACAGACAUGUUCCAGCAGUGCAACUCCAUCUUUAAUGUCUAUAAUACGACAAUACGAGAAUGCUUAGAUUUGCCUUCCACCCAGAAAAAUUAAAAAUCAUUUUCAAUUGUUUGUUCAUAAAGUGUCUUAUCUCCAAACCGCAAAAUGCAAAGGCGACGACGCAAGAAUUUGUGUAUUGUGGGGGUAAACAAACUCUAAUUUUAGAAAUAAUAGUCCAGAAUAUAACAGAUAAAAUUUAAUAUUUCGAAUAAAAAAGAACAAAUGAAAAAACAGAAAACAUACAGUGACCCGAACCUUCUUUCACAUGUGAUGACCCCCCAAAAUUUUCCUCUUGUCUCAAUUAUCUCUUAAAUUGCGCCCAUACUAUAAUGUUCCAUAACAAACCGUUUUCUGUUCGCACUUUACACUUACCGGUGUUUUUCCUCCACUUCGCAUUAUUGUUAUGAUGUCGAAUCAUUCUUGCUCUGUUAUUUUAUUCAUAAUGAAUAUUUAUUAUUAUU